UUUGUAGCCAAUUACAGAAUAGCUAGAUGGUGCAGCUUUAUUUGACUUCACAAACUUGCAUGCGUACAAACUCGAGGAAGUGGGGUUAAUUUAGAAAUAAUACUAUGGUUAGCUAAUUGAGUAAGAAUAUAGCUAACUACCAGCCAUAUAUCUGGCUAACAAAGAAAAGUCGGGUUUAGAUUUCUUCCAGUGCUGGCGCACCAACCAAGUCAGCAGAAACAUUGUAGUCUCGCGCUGAUUGCUUAAAAAGACCUUCCAAUGUCUUUGCUGGAGGAUAUUUUGUAUGUACUGCGCAUGGUCCUGGAGUAUUUUGGAGCUCCUCCAGAAAUGCUGGUUCCUGUGUGGGACUGUGAGCUGUGUGGUCAGUAUCGCAGCAUUGUGAGGAUGAUUGGGACAAAUCUUCCUCUGGAGCCACCUCCAAGGGUUCACUUUCAGAUUCCACUCAUCUCCCAUAAACCACAGGCUUAUGUGGACAUCUCUGUGGAUACUCCCACCAUACCCUCAUUUGCUGACAUUUUGUGGGUUUGUGAAGAUGAGGGGAGCAGCUCUACAAGGACCAGGAACCAUUUGCCAUUUAACAAGCACAAUAUUGUAAAUAGUAAUGUUUCUAGAGUCCAGAAACCGAAGCUACAUCAAAAUCAAAGAGGUUUAAAUUCUAGGAAACCAGCUCCUGACCCAGAUGCCUUAAAAAAGAUUUCUGCUCUGGAGAGUGAGCUUCUCAAACUUCGAGCUCAAAUCGCGCUGAUAGUUACUGUGCCUCCUACUCCAGAUGUUGAACCUACUCCUAUGAUGUCUCCUCCGGCCUUGACGUCCACACCUCUUCGUCCUCCUGCUCCACUGCCUCCGCCCCCUCCUCCUCCACCCCCCUGUCCCAGCACCAAUGCUCCACUCCAGUCUGUGUCAGAGCUCAUCAAAGCUCGCAAACAAAACCAUGACAACAAUCCACAAAAGGACAGUACAGGGUCAGAGGGGAGAGGACUGCCCUCUAUGCUGGAUGUUCUCAAAGACUUGAAUCAAGUUAAACUACGCUCAGUGCAGAGAUCACCAGGGGGCACUCCAGUCAGAAAGAGACGCAGUAGAGGGGGAGCAGCUUUGCACAGUGACCCUGCAGCUCUCAUAGCUGAGGCGUUAAAAAAGAAAUUUGCCCAACAUCACCAUAAUAAUUCCUCGGACAAAGAAAAUUCACGGGAGCUGUCGCCUUUCAGCAGUCCGGAGACACCCAAGUUUAUUCACCGACGGAGUCAAGGCCGACGUUACAUGUAAUUUAUUAAAAAACAUGCACAUUCAUCCUUUUAAAGCUCAAAACUUGCAGGGUACUUAACAAUUACUGCUUCUGAUAGUCGUCACGUUGGCUUCCACCAGCUACCGACUUCUUUAUUUCUGUGUCCACUCAUAACUUCUGUAAAUGUUUCACAUGUCUAAUUUAAUUGUUUGUGUCUUAUUAUAUGUUUGUCUCAAUAUAUAUGUCAGAAGCUAUACAUAUUUUGUAUGUGAUUAGGUUUUGCUUUUUAUAUAAAUUACACCUUUUACUGUGUAAUCCUUAAAAAGAAGAAAAUGCAAUGUACAAUUCAAAAGAUGUAGCUUGUAUCUUCCUUAACAUUUCUGAUCACAAGAGAGAAAGGGCAUUUGUUUUCUCUAUGCAACUGCUGUAUUCAUUUUGACUUGAUUAAACAGCACAGAUGUUUACAACAUACCAGCAUAAA